GCGAUGGUGUGUAUUUUAGACCUUUGAAGGUCUUUGCUCUCACUGUGUGUUUGAUCCAAAACCGCUGUUUUUUGAGCAAUGGAGCGCAGACGUGACGGUCAGGAGCCGUUCUACCGGACCCCCGGCCCCGGCCCCGGCCCCAAGACCAGCGCGGAGAUAGUGCAGGAGGCCCGACAGUCACUUCGGACGUUGCGCACCCAGCGACCUUUCACCCCACUAGAUGAACACCGCCAGCUGUUUGGGGAGGGAUCUUCUCGACCCCGGGAUGGGCGCCCCUCCUCUGUUUUCAGUCUGCACGCCCGCAACUUUGAAGCGCCAGACUCAAGGCCAGGCUCUGGGACACGGCUCUCUCCCUUAGACCAUAAGCCCAGGCUGCCGGCGGCGGUGGCUGCUGUCCUGGGUGGGGGUGCCCUGGAGGAGGCCGUGGCUCUGCCCAAGCCACCCGCCGAGCAAACAGACGGCAGGAAGGGCCCGGGGGCCAGCAGAGCCCGCCUGCUACGGGCCGGAUCCUCCAGCAGGCUCCCGCCAGUCAGCCCCCCACACAACACGGAUGUGAGGAGACCAGAGAGUAGUGAUUCUCCUCCAGGCCGUGGCGUGUCUGUUGAUGAGAGGCUGACCGCUGGAGCUCCUCCUGUCGUCCAUGCAGCUGCAGCAGCCAGAGAGACUGACCAGGCCCCGUCCUCCCGGCCUCACACACACCGACCCUCCACACACAGAGGCGAGAUAUCCCGUCCCAACAGAUCUGAGCAGCACACUGGAGCAGCCACCUGCGGAACGAGACCAGAUAAAGAGGUUGGGGGGGAUGGAGAUGGAUCAGGCACAGGAAGUGAUGUCACCGAAGAGUCAUUCUGGAAUUCAGUGGUCUCUCCGAUCCUGCAGAAGUUUGAGGCUCUAGCUUCAGCAGGCAGCCCAUCAGAGGAGGUGGUGAGGCGGCUGUGUGACGAGUGUUCUGGUCUCCAUGGCGCCCUGCGGGAGCGCGGCAUGCUGGGUAGGAGACUGAGGAAGAGGGCCACACUGCUGAGGUCUCUCUAUAGACUCAUAGACCUGGGCUCAGACCAGCUCAACCUGCUGCUGGCCAAACUCAUACUGGCACUGGAAGUGAGUGGAAACAACCUCCUGAACAUUUGCAAACUCAUCUUCAAAAUCAGCCGCAGCGCCAACAAUGAUGCCCUUUUCCACAACAACUCCAUUAUAGACUCCUUGCUGAAUGUGCUACGCAGCGUGGACAUGAGUGUGUGUGGAGAGGCGCUGCUCUACUGCGUGGCCACGCUCAAGUUCCUCUCUGGAAACAGCGCCCUCCGGAGGCUGCUCCUGGAAAAGGACUGCGUCGCCGUCCUGGGUCAGCUCACACACCGACUCACACACGCUCCGUCCGAACGGGACAGCACAGCGGGGCCCACACACACCACUGCUGGACACAUCCUUGUACAGUUGACCGCCGCCUUACGGAACAUGGCAGACCUCUCCGAGUCUCGGCCCUCCUUCGUCUCCAACGGGGUUCUGACCGAGCUCACUGCGGUUCUAGAACAUCACUAUGGCGACCCAGAUGUAUGCACCAACGUGGCCCGAAUAUUCAGCAAGCUGUCUUCCUAUAAUGAGUGCUGCUUGGCCUUGGCAGAGAUUCCUCAGUGCUGCAGGAUAUUUAUAGACCUGUUGGGCAAACACAGCAAGAAGCAGGACCUGGUGGUGCGCUUGUUGUUUACUCUGGGGAAUGUGGCGGCGCGGAGCCCCGAGGCCCAGGUGCAGAUCUACGAGGAGCGGGGCGCGCUGCCCACCCUCCUGCGUCUCCUCCGCGGCUACCAGCAGCCUGGUGCGGCGCCGUCCGGCCAUCCCCCCCCGGGCCCUCCAGGCCCCUCGUCACGGCCGCCGCUCGGGGUGGCGGAGAGGGAGGACGUGCUGGUGAAGCUGGUCAGGGUGCUGGCCAACGUGUCCGUGCACCCGACGGCAGGGACGGCGCUCGCCGCCAACCAGGAGUGUGUGGGGCUGCUCCUCAACGUGCUGGAGCGAGGCUCAGUGGAGCUGAGUGAAGAGUUGAUGGUGAAUGCAGCGGCCACCAUCAACAACCUGUCCUUCUACCCAGGAGAGAGCUCUGUGAUCCGCAAAAGGCAUGCACAUCUCUCCCACUUGUUGUUGAAGUUGUUGUUGAGCUCUAGUAUGGCGGCUGUGUUGGAGGCCACGCGUGUGUUUGGGAACCUGUCUCAGAUCUCAGACGUCCGGCUCUUCAUCAUGGAGCACAAAGUGCAUCAAUUUGUGGUGACGCUGCUGGACUCCAAGAGCUCAGACGUGUGUUACUCUGCGUGUGGCGUCCUCAUCAAUCUCUCAUCAGAGCCACACAACAGACACACACUGAGGCAGGAAGGAGUCAUACACAAGUUGGCAGAAUGCCUGCGGGACUUCGGGCCGUGUGAUUGGCAGCUGGCUGGACUGGUGUGUCAGACCCUGUGGAACUGCACAGAAGACGGCAUGGAGGAUGGGACCACAGAGCUGCUACACACACUCUCUAUUUACCUAGACGAGGAGGAGGCUCUGUCCUAUUCCGCCACUGACGACGCUGCCAUGCGCGAACUUCAUCAGGCCUGCUGGGAACUGGAGUUCCGUCCUGUCGCCCAGAGGCUGUGCAGGCGCAUCCAGGGUCAGGAGGCAGCUGAACCAAUCAGAUAGUUGUCCUGACUGAGCCGCCACGUUUUUUCCAGCGCCCCUGUGGUUUGUCUUUGUGUCUGUGUUUACAUGUUUGUGUUUGAUGUGUCUGUGUUUACGUUACUGUGGUGCGCAAAGUCAGGGUAUGCACUGCACUUUAAGACUUGUGUAUCAUAAUUAAUUAUGAGAUUUUUUCCACGGAAUACUUUGUUUUUUACUGAAGAUGAACAAACAGUAAUGAACAAGUGUGACUGAUAAUGACAUGUUUGCACUUUACCCUAAAAGAUAUAGAAAGAAAAAAAAGGUGAAGUUAUUUUGUGUUGUGAAACUGUUGUUGUGAUGCUUGCUUAACUUUAAGUUGCAUGAGUUGACAUCUCAUCAAAUAGGGGAAACAGCCCCAUUCCCCAUACCUCCAUACAACAGUUUUAGAACACUAAG